UCAGUGGAGGAGGUAGUAGGUCGUACGCUUUUACAACAUCGAUAUAUUCACUUAUUACACGUUUAUAUCCAUACAUUAACUGCUGAAAUUACUCCUUGUUGUCUGGAUAUACCUUCGUGUUUUGUGUAAUUCAUCUGAAGAAAGAAGAUGGCGGAAUGAAUAAGAUUUUCUAAUUUCCUGAGUAAUAAAGGUUAAAUCUGCAUGGUGAUGACUGAUGAGGCUUAUCACGUCCCCAGGGGAAAAGGAAAAAAGAGAUAACGUAAUUCAUUUGAACUUUGUUGCUAUACACAUAAUUAUAAAAGUUGUAAGCUAAAAAAAGAAAAGGAAAGUGUUAUGUAAUGCCAUUCUUUGUAAAUAGUUUCUUGUUAUUGGCGAUAUUUUGAAAACAACGAUACUCUCCAUAACAACAUGAAACUUUUACCUUCAACUUCACAAGAAAUCGGAAAGUUAUGCGGAGUUACCCAACAGCUUGGCAAGUUACAGGGUGUCAAGAUGCUGACGUAACCACAAAACUUUGCAUACCGCUUGAGUCGACUAUCGGUGGGAUGGACAGCAGGGUACAAGAUCUAUGGUUCACCUGUUGCUGCUACCUGCAAUGAUGUGAUCAGUUAAUUACUACAUGCAUUCAGGUUAAGUCAUGACGGCGGAGCGUCACUGGUAUGAACCACCGCCCCCACGGAGCUGGCACCCCAGCCCAGCCGACCUGCGACGCCUCGAAUCCGCCUCCUCCCUCAGAAAGGCUCUCCUCAACCGCUCUCCCACCAAGGGCAUGGACAGAGUCUCUCUAAAGUCUUCCUCCAGCGUACAGUCGGACGCAUACGCCUUGGAUAAAAAUAUUUUGGAGAGGAGUUUCAAAGGCUCUCUUUCAAGUCGCGUACCGUCCUCCACCGCUACCAGGGCGGGUCUUCCUCCCCAACGGAUGGCGUCUUUGGCAAAGAACGCUUCCUCCGUCACAGAUCUUAAUGCUACUUAUGUGUUCAGGAAGCUUAAGGACAAUGCGGACGUUGAAAAUAUCUUGGCGAACUCGCCCCCCUCGAGGGCUCGAAGCUCCGGUAUCACCAGAUACGAACCCCUUCCGGCUAUCUCCUCCCUGCACCAGGGGUCGGCAGUGAUGGACACCAACAAUAACAAACACCCGGAAUUCGAACCGCCGCCAAUGAUCCGGAGCAGAACUUUUGAUGUUAUUGACACUCAUAUGAUGGAGUUGCCGGUAAUUGAUGGCUCGUGUGAAAGAGGUGAGUCAAGCAAGACCCCGACACACACCGUUACUGUCAGCAUAGAAGGUAAGCCCUUAGCGGAGUUCCUCUCACACGCCAGGGAUGGUCUCUUGAAGUCUCGUCCGAGUACCCGCUAUGGCAGGACUGAGGCUGUCGAGGCCUACACCCUCCCCCAGCUGACGCUCAGUGUCAACAACUACCAUAACACUAAACACUUAGAAAGUUGUGAACAGGAAGACCUUCAGCCUCUCAUAAACAGUGAUGCUAGUGACGAUGAGAGAGAAUGUGACGAUACUAAAGAAACUUCUGCAGGAAACUCUGCCCUAGAGUCACUUCCGCUCGGCAGUGACAGUGACACCGUUGGAAAUGCUAAUAGAUCAUUGCAGGGUGAGAGUGACUUAUGUGACGUUAAAUCUGCACACAGUUGCGAGUGGGAGGAGCGUCCUUCUCGCCGUGCCAGUGACCUCACAAACCGUGGAGUAAGUUCAACGCAGGAAAGUUCUGAACUCAACAAAGACAGUGACGUAACAGAACAUAGUGGACGUUUAACACCAGCAACUGCCAAUGAGAGCGAAGAGGAGGAGGAGGAAGAAGAAGAGGAGGAGGAAGAAGAGGAGGAGGAGGAAGAAGAGGAGGAGGAGGGUGAAGAGAAGCGGGAGGAGGAUGAAGAAGAAGAGGAGGGAGACGAGAUUAAUGUGUACUUUAGGCUUCCUGAUGACUCAUUACUUUUGGUGUCUAGUCCUCGUGAACAGACGCUGGGGGAGCUCCUGCAGGUGGUAGGCAACACGCGGGUGGGGGGGAGACGCAUGGUGGUAGCACAAGGCGACCUCGAUGAGCAGGACCUUACCAAGUCCUUGACUGAACUGGGCCUUACCGACAACACAACACUGUAUCUCUUGACCGAGUGACCGCGCCCGACCUAACCUAACCUAACCUAACCUAAACUAACUCAGCUUAUGCUACCCUAUCCAAGCCUAACCUAACCUAUCCUAAACUAAUUCAACUUAUGCUAAC